AUGUCUCAUUCAGAUUCACCUUCGAAAGGUAACAACGGUGUUGGCAACAACAACAACAACAAUAACAACAACAGCAUAUUUAGAAGGUCACCUGAGGAGACAAGGGGUGAAGGGCUCAAAUUCCAUGUCGAGACUCAACCACAUACUCUUACAUCUCCAAUUCCUAUAAGAACCCCUAAUGCAUCUAGAAGUAACCAUAAUAACAAUAUCCAAGGACAAUUUCAUUUCGAUGCUCAGUUUACGCCCCUCGAUAGUGAUACCUCGCGAUCAUUUACUCCCACGACUUGGGGUCAUGUACAACGACAUGUCACGACUAGAAGACCCUCUUACAAUACAAUUGUAUCGACUAGAGAGCAAUACUACAAUUUAGAUUACCCAAGAGAUCGAGAGUUGUUGGCAAAAUUGCAAUUAGACCCAACAUCGAGGUUUUAUGCUAGAUCACGGCCUCGGACUUUGGAUUUGCCCAAAUUGUUACCAUAUGAAUUGGAGAAUCCACAAGACCUGGCAAAGUUUUUGAGCCAUAUAGUUUCACAUCUCUACAUUGCAAUCAAAUCUUUGGAUAUACAAGGUGCACUUUCGAUAUCUGCCAAGGACUUGGCCGCAUUGAAAGAUUCCAUAUCGGAUGUAGAUUUAGUUUUGGAGACAAACUUGUUUGAAAUGGACAAUGGCCAAGAAGACGAUGAGCCAAUGACUGAAGAGUUUGAUUCCUCUGAUGAGGAACUAGACCAUGGAGGGGAAGACGAAGUCGGUAUAGACGACAACUCCGACGGUGAUGAUGACGAUGAUGAUGAUGAUGACGACGACGACGAUGAUGAAAGUACAACUGUGCAACAUAAGAAAUCACCCAAGUCAGCCGCCGUGGUGAGUGUUCGAACUUGGACUCAUGAGCUUCUCAUUUGGCUCAAAAUGAAAUAUGAUAUGCCCGUCACCUUGAGAGCCAACUUGGCAAAAGUCUACUUUGCAUUAUGUCUUUGUAGAGGUCAACACGUUCAUAUCAAAACAUAUUUACGCGUUUUUGAAAUACUCACAAAGGACCAAGAAAUACUUUACGAACAGGGAUUAAGAUUGCCCUGGGAAGGAUUGUGCAAAGAACUUGAACAUUUGUUUCCUUCAGUUGAUGCAAUCCUGGUCUCUUUUGAAAAGAAGGAUCAAAAACAAUUGGCAAAAUUAGCAUCACGGGCAUCUUACUUUUUUGAUAAAGAUUGUUUGCCAAAGAUCUAUCUGAGAAUAGUGAGUAAUUUUUCAGUAUCAACUUCAGCACUGGUAGUUUCUGCAUUGGCCUUAAUGCCACUCAAUUUUACACAAGGAGGUGCUGAUGAUGAAAAUGAUAUACGCCAUUACAUAAACUCAUUUUUUUACAUGUGGCUUAAGUUGAAUAAGACAAAAGGAUUUGAGGAGCAAGUUACUUCCAGAUUGGGUAUUAUUGCUAUGGAAACGAUGAAAAAAUUCGACGAAAAAGUAAUCAAAGACGGAAGUACAAUAAGGAAUGUUGUUAAAUUGGGCAAUUUUGGUUUAUUCUCAAAAGACCAAAUGGAGUUUACAUUCAACGAAUUGAUCAAUAAUUUAGGUAUAAUGCCUAAAAAAUACGCUUCGCGGAAACUAAAGUACUUCCAUGGCUUUGCUUCAAUGAUUGUAUUUUCCAUUAAUGGGGAGAGUGCAUUUACUGAACGAGGUUUAAUUCAUCAUUUGAGAACAUUGGUGAAUGCCAUUGAAAGUUAUAUCCAUCCAUCUAAUUCUGGUGAGUGGACGAGACCGAUAUCUAGAUUAAUAAUGGCCCUUAUCUAUCAAUUUCAUAAAAGAUACAAUAUGGAGACACAGUCAGAAAGUGGUCUUUACAAUAUUCCUGAGAACAUGAAGAUUACUUCAGAGGUCAAAAAGAAGUUUGUGUCGAUAUUCUUGCCAAUAGUGAAAAUAGGUACACACUCAAAGAGAGGAGACGUUGCCUCUGAAUACUUAUCGGCUUUACAACUACUUGCAUAUUUGGAACCAGAUUAUGUUUUGGAAAAUACGUUAUUAGAUAUUUACGAAUCGUUGGAAGGUGUGAUUUCCACCCAUAGAGUAAUAAACGCUCUCCGCACGAUGGAUACUUUGGCUCGACACUUGGUAUCGACGCCUAUAUUUAGAGUUCACGUUACACGAUUAUUGUCAUUAGCAUUGCCUGGAGUUGAUUCUAAUGAUUUGGAAAAGACAUUACAGACAUUGGAAGUGUUUUCGGCCUUUUCAACCUAUAUGCCUAUUGCCGACCUUAAUGGUGAAUUUGGUGACACAAUGCUAGCAAUCGAAUUUACUUCAAAUCAUGUCAACUACUUGAAUACCAAAUUAUAUGGAAGCGAACAAGAGUUUGAAGUCUCACCGGAUAUGGAAAGUGCUGCAUUGAAAUCAUCCACCUCCGCGUUUAAAGAAUUAAUUAUAGCUUUAGCUCAAAAGUUGCCUACAUUACUCGAGAAUUUACCCGAUCCCUCAAAAAGCUCAGGGUUGGAGAAAAGCUUGGCCCUUUCGUUACCUAAAUUCUUUUUUGUCAUGUUUGAGUCCAUGUCAGAUGAGAUUUUCAACAUAUUCAAAAAUGAAUUUUUAAAGUUUUCUUUAAACAAUGUACACCAUCUAGUUGCCAGUCCAGUUGCUGAGAUCUGCGGGGCGAUUAUUAAGCGUGACCCAAAAUGUUUCAAGGCAAACUAUGAGAUCUUGGUUGAUAAGAUUAGAGACGAGAUUGAUGAGAAUGGAGCAGGCGUGGCUCGUACGGGCAGUGAUAUUGUACCUCGAGACCAAGCUUUGCUCUGGUACUUGACCAUCUUGAAUGAAUGUGUUGGCAAUGCAGGUGCUCAGUUAGUCGCCAUGCAUAAAGAGCUCAAAGUGUUUUCUUUUUAUCUCAUGGAUAAUGUCAAGGGCCCAUGUGUUUACUCUUCAUCAUUUUUUGUUAACCAGGUUCUUCAGACGGUGACUAAAAUCAAAAUCAACGAGUGCCGUCUUAUAUCUCCUGAUUAUGAAAAGAGGCACGGUCUUACCGUAGACUGCUGGGGUGGAUUUUGGGACAAAAAGGAUAGAUUUGAAGAUCUCAAAUUUGACUGGUUCAUUUCUACAGAGCGGGAAAUAGAAUUUGCUUAUGAAUUUUUCAAUGAACACGUGUCGAGAUGUUUGAAGAAUGUCACGAAUAUAAUUGAAAGUUAUGGUGCUAAUGAUGCUGGAUCCGCAGCGGGAACAGCGGCUGGAACAGCAGUUAGUGUAGCUGCUAGUAAAUCAUCAAUAAUGAUACUAGAUGAACUCCGUGUUAACUUAUUAUACUUGGCAUAUUCACUGAGUGGAAUUGCUUACUUGUUAGACCCGUCAUUUGCAGAAGACAUUCCAAAUCUCAAUCAUGAUAAGGAAUCCAUUCAACAACGUUUGCAACUUCUUAAACGUGUGAAGGAAAUUUCUGGGAUCUCUACACAAAAGGAUAUUCUUUACGACGAGAAUGUUACUGAGAACAUGAAACAAAUCAUGCAGGAUCUCAAAAGCGAAGACCUCAUAGAUUACAUGGCAGAUUUUUCUAAAAUGGGCGAUAUCGUUAGCGACCAGCUAAGUAAUGAACAUCUGAAUGGCGAAUUUGAUAAGGAAGAUGUCCCACUGACGAAAUCAACACCAACAGAAAAACAUCUGUUCAUGCAUGCAACAGGAAAAAACGUCUCUGACAUCGAUUUGGGAGGUAGAGGAACUCCAAGCGUUGAAGGAGUGCACAUGUCUAGCAUGAAUCCGGCCAUCACCUUCCGUGAAAGAAGCUUGUACACUUCCAACUACUUUUUUGGUAAUGAUGCAAAGAACAAGAGAUCCAAAGAUUUGUAUUUGAAAAUCCACAAGACUAGAUACCUUAUCGGACGAAGCUUGCAUUUUGUCGCCAAAUUCUUGAAUGCCAAUUUCCAUGAUAACAUAAGAAUAUUCAAGAAUCUUUUGUUUGCUAUUGGUAUUUGGAUAUCCGAUGUAGGUAGAGAAAGGGCACUUGGUUCAAGCAAUGCCGAGAUUGACUACGGCUAUGUUCAAUAUCUUCAAAUAAUUAAUCGAGUUAGAAAGCCAUUCACUCGUAUUGCAAUUGCUGCGCGAUUAGAAAUGUACCACCAGACGAGAGUUGCAUUGCAUGCCACAGCUAGAGCCGAAACCAACUUGGAUCGUGUGUUGAUCGAUGAUGUGGUUAAAAUUGCAGCUUCAAAUUAUGCCGAAAUAUCAAACAGUGCGCAAAGAAUGCUACUUGAUGGUAUGAAAAGAUUGAGCGGAUCUUAUAAUCAUAUAAUUAAGACGGCAUUCAAGAACUUGAGCAGUGCCUUAGAGUCAGAACAGCCCAAGGAAAUCGAGAAUGCGUUGAAAGUAUUUGCGCUCAAACGUAUCAAGUACAAGUUGCACAAUGAUUAUUUCAACCUUCACAAGUUUGUUGAUUUGCUUCAUCGCUCAUUGAAGGUCGAUGAUCCGAAAGUGUACAAGCUUGCGCAAGCAUUGUUUACCAGUAUAUCGAAAGGGGUCUCUUUACCUAGCAAAGUAUGCAUAAUUGAUGAGCAAGCGAUAGAUCUGAUUAGACCACCUGAUCAAUGUAUUGAUUUGGAAAUUAAAGCAGUUCAGCUCGCCAAAGAAAAGAAAAGAAAGAUUUAUUAUGAUCGAUUGGAAAGGCUUCAGCACAAAGUUUUGGAAGAACAACGACACAAUUCUCAUUGGAAAGUAACUUUACUGAACUUGGAGUUGUUGCUGAAUUUGCAAUCGUAUUUGGAACUUCCUGUAAGGUCUGAUAUUUUGCAGACGUUGUUCAACGAAUCUUCGCAAGAACACCCUAUCGUUUCGAGACAUGCUUUAGUGGGUAUUACUCGAGUCAUUACCAAACUUCGUAUUUUGGAUCGUUACAGUUAUGAUGUAAAGAAUUGUUAUGACUUGGAUCAUCGUUCAAAAUCUGAACAAAUUAUUUCAACAAAGCCAAGGAGAAACGAGUCAUAUUAUAAAGUUUGGAAGGAAGAAUUCGACACUUGCCAAGAGAUGCCGCAUUAUUUCAUUGAUAACAAGCCAAGUAAAGGAUGGUUAUUCUGGGGCGACGAGAUGCUUGCAUUAUCUUCGCAGCCUUCUUUUCAAUUGGAAAUGCGUCCUAACGACCUUGAGUCACUAACUAAAUUUGGCGAGCGGAUCACUCGAGAGUGGCUUUUAAAGCUUUUGAAAAUGUGGGUCUCGGAAGCAGAAAACAGUAAUGCUUUUCAAGUGACCGACGUUAUAACAAUCGAAUCAAUUAUUUUAUUGAUGUCAAAUAAUUUAGUUCCAAAUCUUAGUUACAAAGACCUCUUGGGCCUUGUUGAUGAAAUAUACGUUAGCGAUGAAAAAAGUGCACACAUUGUUACUUGUGAGGUAUUGGCUGGUGUUCUCUUGGCGUCGAAGUUUACGUCACCAAUCUACUUUGAAGAUCGAGAUGAGUUUGUUGGGCAGUAUUUGCGCAGAGUACUAGACUCUGAUAUCUCACCGGGUACGCUGGCGACAUGGAGCUUAUUUUCCAUGUGGGUACCAGGACAUGCAGACAUUAGAAGAUUUUACAAAGUUAUGGAUGAAAUUAUGAACUUUACAAUUGACCCCAAGUCCGACUCGGCCUUUAAAGAUUCAACUCGCUUGAGCUAUGUGCGGGCUGUUACAUCUGCACUCUCUUGGCGGUUGGCAGAUGUUGACAAGUACCUUGAUUUGUGUUUGGCAAAUAUCAAUCACAAAUAUAAUGCAGUAAGAAAAGAGAUUGGUGUGUUCAUGGCUAUAUUGUCCAUCAAUUAUUAUUUGGAUUCAUUUGCCGAUAGCAAAGUGUUUUUGAAAGGAUGCAAUGAUGGUAUCAACUCACUACUUUUAAAUGCACUGCAGAAUGAGCGCGGAGCUAUUAGCAAAAUACCACAAUUAUUUGCUGAAACUGAGCGCAAGCGUAAUGAAGUUAUGCAUUUGACUCCACAGGAGAUAUUGGUAUCUGAUUACAUCAAUACGGCGUCAACAUUAUUGUACUGGUUGAAACAAGAUUUGAACACUAAUGCAAGUAUAUUGCUUCAAGAAUAUGUUCCUCAAUAUAUCGUUCCAUUUUUGUUGAAUCUUAUCAACAUGAAAGAAGUUUGUCAGUUGGGUCAAAUUGACCCAAUCACGGCCUUCAAAAAGGUUUCACAAAUUGCUUACAUUAAGGAAUACUUGGAGUCAAUUGUAGAGAUGUUGGAAAGUUAUACAAAGCGAGAUUUGGGCAUUGUUCAAACAAUUGUUAUUGGUGAAUUUACCGAGACGAUUUAUUUCAGAAACUUGUUCAAAUUGUCAAAAGAACAAAGAGAGAGGAUUAUAAACAUUACCAAUUCAUUGUUGUACCAUAGACAUUUGGAGGUUCGAGAAGCCGAAUCGGCAACUUUAUCUGGUCUUAUCCAUAUGCUUCCAGUUGAAGAUGUUGAGCAUGUUGUCCAUAAAUUCAUCAAGUCGUACACCUCGCAAUUGGACGAAGUGCGUGUCAAAUACAAGAAAAAGGGAGGCAUCAAAAACUUAUCACAAGAAGACAUUGUUAAAGCUCAUGGGGCAACUUUGGGCCUUGGCUCUCUUGUUCAUGCAUUUUCAUUUGCCUCUCCGCCACCUCAAUGGGUUCCACAUAUCUUGACCACGCUAGCAAAUAAAUCCACUGGACUUCCGGGUAUAGUUGGUAAGACGGCCAAAGAAACAUUGGGUAAGUUUAGAAAAGAUAGACAAGACACAUGGCACGUGGAUAGCAAGAUAUUCAAUGAAGAUCAGAUUCAAGAUCUAGAGGGUGUCUUGUGGAGAAGUUAUUUUAUAUAG